GUUGAUCACCUUUCUUUUAUUUCCAAAAACAUAGGAGUUAUUAUAUGCGGAGUAUUACAAAAGAGCUAAGCACUGCAAUUCCUGCAAAUUUCUCUCCCUCUGGGCCCAUCCAAACAAACCUUAAAUUAGGGUCAAGGCUGCCUUUUGAUGUUGGUCAUUGUUUUCUUGUAGGUUCUUCACGCGCUUCUUCAAAAAUUUGCAACCUCUAUGGCCAAAUACAUACGCUACCAAGCAGACAAUGGAGAUCAGGCAAUUCAGAUAUUCGACUCGUGGGCAACAGAGCUCAGUCCAGUGGACUUUGAAGAGUUUGGUCUUCCUUACCUGAAGCAGAUUGUGGAUUCAGUUAAGGAAACUCAUCCUGACCUACCACUGAUCCUAUAUGCGAGUGGAUCCGGGGGUUUAUUAGAGAGGCUGCCCUUGAUGGGAGUAGACAUGGUCAACUUGGAUUGGACCGUGGAUAUGACCGAUGGUAGGAGAAGGUUGGGUCCUGAUGUGGCAGUUCAGAGAAAUGUUGACCUCGGGGUCCUGUUUGGUUCCAAGGAAUUUAUCACCAACCACAUACAUGACACCAUUAGGAAGGCUGGUAGGGGGGAACAUAUUCCGAACCUCGGACAUGGGAUUAAGGUAGGUACACCCGAGG